UCCAGGGAGAGAGGAGAGGCAGAGAGGGUUUGGAGGCUGCUCUCACUGGGCAGGACAGAGCCAUGAAUCUCCGCGGGCUCUUCCAGGACUUCAAUCCCAGCAAGUUCCUGAUCUAUGCCUGCCUGCUACUGUUCUCUGUUUUGCUUUCUCUGCGCCUGGAUGGGAUUAUCCAGUGGAGUUAUUGGGCUGUCUUUACACCUGUCUGGCUAUGGAAACUCAUGGUCAUCAUUGGAGCUUCAGUGGGAACAGGAGUGUGGGCACGGAAUCCGCAGUACAGGGCUGAAGGGGAAACCUGUGUGGAAUUUAAAGCAAUGCUGAUAGCUGUGGGAAUCCACCUUUUGUUGUUGAUGUUUGAAGUUCUGGUGUGUGACCGGAUUGAACGAGGCACUCAUUUCUGGCUCCUUGUCUUCAUGCCUCUGUUCUUUGUAUCUCCGGUGUCAGUAGCUGCUUGUGUAUGGGGAUUUCGACAUGAUCGGUCUUUGGAGUUAGAAAUCCUGUGCUCUGUGAACAUUCUUCAGUUCAUAUUCAUUGCUCUAAGACUGGAUGACAUCAUCAAGUGGCCUUGGCUGGUGGUCUGUGUUCCUUUGUGGAUCCUGAUGUCAUUUCUCUGCCUUGUUGUGCUCUACUACAUUGUGUGGUCGGUACUUUUCUUGCGGUCUAUGGAUGUGAUAGCUGAACAAAGACGGACCCAUGUUACAAUGGCUAUCAGUUGGAUGACCAUUGUUGUUCCACUUUUGACCUUUGAGAUUCUUUUGGUUCACAAACUGGAUGGCCACAAUAAUUUUUCUUAUAUACCAAUUUUCAUCCCUCUCUGGCUCUCUCUGAUAACGUUAAUGGCAACCACAUUUGGACAGAAAGGAGGUAAUCACUGGUGGUUUGGAAUCCGCAAAGACUUCUGCCAGUUCCUCCUGGAGAUCUUUCCUUUCUUGAGGGAAUAUGGAAACAUUUCAUAUGAACUUCAUCAUGAUGAUAGCGAGGACUCUGAGGAAAUACCUGUACCAGAGCCUGCCAAAAUAGCCCCAAUGUUCCAUAAAAAGACUGGAGUUGUGAUCACCCAGAGCCCUGGGAAGUACUUUGUUCCUCCUCAAAAACUCAACAUCGACAUGCCUGAUUAAGAUUGGAGAUGGUAAUGGACUUUGGAAUGAAAUAGUACUGUCUGGAUAUGGUACAUUUAUGAUUAACAUGCACUAGUUCUUGUAUAAAUGGGACUUGUUCUGGCACAUGGAAUUCUGCUGCCAGUAAUGUAAAAUUGAAUCUGUAUUCACUCUCUGUUUGCCUUUUUUUUGUCAGUUUAAAAGUGAACAGAGCUCCUGUGCCUACAGCUUUCGUAAAGGUUACACCCAGGGAGUAGAAAAGGUGCUGGUAUUUUAUUGCUACAUUGAAAUGCACUGAUGUUGGAAAAGACACUGUGCUGAGUUCACACUUUAAUAUAACCUAUGCCUGUUAGUUUCAAGGUUUGAAUAUAAAACUUGAAUGAUCAAUAAUCUGAAUUAUGAUGUAAAUAAAACUGCAAAUUCAGAAUUUAAUGGUCAAAGAAAUUAGAUGGAACUGGUAAGUAGAACUGACCAACUUUGAACUGAGGGGAGUAAACUAUACUUAAGUGAUGCUUUACAUGUAGCAUAAUGAUUGAAAGGUUAGCACAAUAUCGGUAGAGAAUAGCUGAAAUUACAUUACCAAUCGACUGCCAUGACAAUUGAGAAGAAUAAUAAUGAUUUUUCAGAGCCAAGGAAUGGGAACUAUUUCUUCACCCGUUUCUCUCCAUACACCCAGGUAAAGUGCAUCUGUUGUUAUAAAAAGACAAUUGGAGGCAGACUUCAAUUAAUUUUUGCAACUCUUUAGUUUUGCAGUUGUGCUUUCUUUGUUCACCAUGCUGUCAUUUUACAGCUUUGAUUGAAGUUUGUUUUGAUGGCUGCACUUAUAUUCACACCCAGGACAAAACUCUUAAUAGUAAAUCCAGAAACAGUUUUUCUCCCCCAUUCAUAUUAGUUUGAAGAGAUUGUCUUUAUUGUGCUGGGACCUGAUAUAAAACACAUUCAGGUCUAUUAUCACAGCUCUCCCUCAGAACGAUAAUAAUUAAAUCAUCAUAAAUCUGAACUCAUUUACUUAGAUGAGAUUCCCUACAGUAUGGAAACAGGCCAUUUCACCCAACAAUUCCACACCGACCCUCCGAAAAGUAAUCCACCAGGAUCCAUUCCCCAAUGUUUACCACUGACUAAUGAACCUAACACUACAGGCAAUUUAGCAUGGCUAAUUCACCUGAUCUGCACAUCUUUGGAUUGUGGGAGGAAGCCAGAGCAUCUGGAGGGAACCCACACAGACACAGGGAGAAUGUGCAAACUCCACACAGACAGUCACCUGAGGUUGGAGUCAAACCUGGGUCCCUGGUGCUGUCAGGCAGCAGUGCUAACCAUGGAGCCACAGUGCCGCCCAGCCACAUUCUUACUAAAAUUCUGCUUAGGGAAGUUAGUAUUCCCAAAAGUGGUUGCAAACAUUUAGAAAUCUAAGUGCAAUGAAGGUCUCUAAAGAAUCUGCCUGGAAAGAGGAUUAAGAAAACUUCUUGUGUGUUUGGAGAACAAUACAUUUGCUCCGUGUGCCUGAUGCAUGACAUUGUUCUUGAUCUUAUUCCUAACGAAGACAUGGAGUGCAAUAAUAUGUUGUGUAGAAAGUAAAUGUAACUUUUUAAUGCAUGAAUAGAAAUUUGAAUUUUUAUUGUGUGACAUAUUAAAGUAGGUCGCCUCAUGCCAUUGGCUGUUUAGCCAGUUUAACUCCAGUGAAAAGUGUAUCAUGCUUUUUGAAUACCCUAAGUACUCAGUAGAUUAACACCUUCCCUUGAAAUAAUAUUUGUCUCUGGUUAGGUGUUUGAUGCAAUGUAAAAGACUGCUGUAAUAUAUCGAUGCCUCCAAUGUCCCCUCCUAGUUCUAAUGGCUAUGUAUUCUUUGAAUGGCGAUCGAGGUAUCUGCUUGCUGAGAUUUUUAAACAGAAAUUGGGUUAAGGCAUCACUUAUUGGGGGGGGGGGGCUGCAGUUUGAGAUAUUUACUUGUGUUCUGAGGGUAGGUAAAACGUACUAUAGCUUAUUCAGCUUUGGGGAUGGAACAGUGUGAUGAAUCUGCUUAGCAAUGCAUCAGAAGUCAGAAACAGUUUAAAAGUGUCUAUUCUUGUCACUUUAUAUGUCUACACAUAAAUUUUCGUGUUGUGGUUUAAAUAGUAUGUGAUACUGCUCCUUCCACCUGCACUGCCAUUCAAUGAAAUCAUGGCCAUUUUUUGUUUGCUGCUUUAAUUUACAUUCUACAACUGAGGUUCAUAAUGUGGCCUAACUUCCUACUUAAACACUGAAAUGAAUCGUUUUACAUCAUUGUAAAAUAAUCUUGGGAGUGAUUCACUCAGUAGUGUUGAUCUCAGCCCAGGAUGGAAGUCAACUUUACAAAAUACUUGCCCAGUCAAUGUUAUGAUUCUGCUGCAAAAUUGAAGCAUGAAUAGAAAAGAUAAAUUCCAUGUAAUGUAAGUAAUACCCUAUUAAAGUUUCUUAUCCUUUAUUUUCUUGAGCUUGCACCAGCAAUAUCAAAAGCGUUUCUCUCGAAUGGUUCAUAGCUGUGUAUUGCAUUUAGGAAAGACUAGAUUUAACUUGUAUUAACUCAAAUCAAUCUGGCUAAUUCUUAGCAUUAUCAAGCUGCAUUAGCUACUAUCUAAGUAGCUAACCCUUUGCCAACUGUUGCUUCUUCCUAGUCAAUCCAAACUAUGGAGAUUAUGACAGAAGGAAAAUAGUGCAGAUGCUGAAAAACUUAAAACAGAAAAUGUUGAAAGCGCUCAGCAAGUCAAUCAGAAUCUGUGGAGAGAGAAACAGAGUUAGUGUUUCAGGUUUCACCUUUCAUAGGUGAUGCCUGAACUCCAUAAGAUGAUUAGUGACAGAUUUGAAUUUAUAAAUGUGAUUUGGCAUUUAACGUGAUCAGAAGGGAAGUGUUACCAUAGCAGUGGCGACUGCAAACUGCUUUAGAAUAGCAUUCAGUGUAGUUUCAAUAUCUUGUUAAAUAUGUACUGGUUUCAAAGAUAGUUUUUGAGUGCAUGUAAGAUAUGCAUUUUGAGAUUCUAUUCCUUGCCUCUACAACAUCUUAUCACUAAAAUCUAUUUUGUUAUUUGGGCUGUUAAGAUCUGAAAGUUUUUCUCUUUGUGUUUUUCCUUGAUUCGUUGUUUCACAGGUGAGUUUAGCCAGUACCACUGCUGAUGCUGCACUCACAUUACUUCAGUUUAUAUAGGAUUCAAAUUAGAAAAUAAUAUUGUAGGCUAGUCCCAGUAAUGGUGAUUGUGAAGCUAUUCCUUCAUACUAUCGUAGUAAAAAUCCGUCUGGUUCACUAAUGUCCUUUAUUGGAAGAAACUCUGCCAUUCGUAUCUGGUCUGCCCUACAUGUAACUUCCGAUCCACAGCACUGUGGUUGACUCUUAACUGCCUUCUGAAAUGGCGUAGCAAGCCACUCACUUCAACGGUGGUUAGGUAUGGUGACAAAAUGUUGGGUUUGCUAACGAUAACUACAUCCCAUGUACAAAUGAAAGAAAAUGCUACCCUAAUGAGACUGUUGUCAACCUGUUGUGGAAGUUGCCAGCUCUUGACUGACUGACUAUCAGUGAUACAGUAAAGUGGGUGGCUUUAACCAGUGUUGAGGAGGGACAUGCUCUGCCAGGUUACUGUACAGGCAUUGGGAGUUGACAAUUAUCCCUAUGCAUUUUGAGCAGUGAUUAUCGGUCACUGAAGAGAAAACUUAUCUUUUAUGACAUCAUGAAAUGGUUAUUUUGGUACACAAAUAUCAAGUGUCCUUUGGGAUAUUGCUUAGGUAGUCUUGUUGAUCUCAGCUAUUCUUUAAUUUUAUGGUAUGUCUUAAAUUGAUCAGUUUUGCAGACAUUAUUUCAAACUGAGGUAUUGCCGCUGUUAUAUUAAAGCUUAAUUUCUCCUUUAAUUUUAAAACAAUAAUUUAAGUUCAAUUGCAAUAUUUGGCAAGCCACCCACACCUAGAUUAACUAUCCUGAGUACCACUAAAAAUCAACAUAUAUGAUGAAAGUCUCACAAAUAAUUGAUCAUCUUGUAAUAAAUUGUGUUACUAGUAUUUUACGGAUGUUCUGUAAGUUGUUAUUUCACCAAUGCUGUGGAGGAGGGGUGGGAAAUGAACAUGUUGAUUGGUGGAGAGAGAGAGCGAGGGGGGUGGGGUAAUGUACUUUAUAUAUAAUGCUACACUGAGUGGUUAUAUAAACGGGUAUGACAUAUUAAGUAUUUCAGACCUAAAGAUCGUUAAGCUUUAGCAGUAUGAGUUUGUGUUGAUCAAGGAGGAGAGUGCAAAGCAGGAACUCUCAGCAGGCCUGAGAAGAAGUGCAAUCAUUUGGUGUAAAAUAGCAAUUGUUUAUUGUUGGACCAAACAGAGAUUGACAUUUUGUGUUUUGUUUUCUUUCAUAUAAUACUAUUUGUGAAAUAUCUGUAAAUGUGUAUUGUGUACAUGCUGCUUUUUGUUCAAUAAAUCAAAUAACCAAA